AAUAGUUUGACAUACACUUCUAACCACGCAAAUAAUACAAAAUUUUGAUGUUAUCAAAUCAGCAGCUCGACAAAAUUCACUUCGUGAAACCAUGUCUUUAACUUUCCGAAGAGUAACGAAAAUUUCCAAGAGAAGCAGAAAGUCCCAGUCGAAAUCCAGAAAAUCAGGGAAGCCUCCCACGAGUCCCAGCAUAAAUGACACACCUUAUUUGGAAAACUUUCCUUCCCUCAACACAGUCUACAAAUCAGAUAUUUUCGGCACCCCGAUCAAAUAUCACUUCUCAUGUGGGUCCGAUCAAAUUUGGAAUAUGAAAUACAGAGUGAAAUGCCACGUCCUCGUGUUCAUGGAAGAAUACAGGGACAAAUCCGUUGAAGAGCUCAGAUGGGAAGACUAUCAGUGCAACAGGAGAGGAAGACAGCUGUUCGAAGAUAAGAAAUACCUCAAGUGUCUGUGUUUCAAAGAGAAAGAUAGAGAUGAGUUCAUUGCCUCAAAAUCAUUGGAUAAUAGUUCGUCCUGUCUUGUGGAUAUCGAUACUGCACCCACGAGUAUAACUAGCUUUGAAAGCUAUUUCAAUACAGAAAUCAUCAACAACCAAGAAUGCAAAAGCGAUAACCCGACUAUAGAGAUAACCGAAGCAGCUGUGAAAUCAUCGGUACAAGCUGAAGAAGAAGACACUUCUCAUCCACCUGUAAAUGUAACAAUCGAUUUGAUGAAGCACUCGGAUUCGACCACGCGUGAAGAAGAAAUCCAAAUCGUGAAACAUAACCUCCUCAGGUUUUUCGAAAAUGCAGAACCAGAUGCCAAAAUGCCUUAUGACUUCCUGCCCCAAAAUCCAAAGUUUUACCUACCAUGUGCAGACGUCAAGUUUGUCUAUCAAAAUGCCAGACCAAGCAUAUCUUCCCUCAAAGCUAAUGACUCUAUUCAAGGUUUUAAUUCCAUCGUUGAAUCCCCGAAACCAAAUCUCAAACCCUCCUCAGAUUCCCAGACUUCUCUGGAUAUGUACGAAGGUCUUCUGGAGAAGAAGUAUAGUCUGGAUAACAAGUUUUGCAAGGAUUAUUUCUGGAAUAAAAUAAAUCCUUAUCCAGGUACUGCUGUUACUUUGGGAAUUUGCAGAGGAAAAUACGCACUGUCUGGUAGAUGUAUCGUGGACUGAGUAGUGGGGUUGAAAGUCAAGAAUAUGUUUGUUUAAUUUCGAUAAUCGUAGGAUAUUUCAGAAUGUCAAAACGAAAGCUGAUCAUCAGGAUUGAUAUGUAAC